AGUUGAGUGGUCCCCUCUCUCUCUCUGAAAAGAAAAUAGAGGGGAGUUGGCUGAUAAAGAUGGACAGUGACGAUUGCGUAAUAUCAAUUUCUCGGCCUCGUCAUCGAAAGCGGCUGAACAUUUCUCUCCAAUUCUAAGCUAUAUGGGGGGCUUGGAUGGUGAGCAAAAAGAAUUGAUCAAGAAGUUGGUAAACUUUCGCAUGAAAGAAGGUAAAAGAACGAGAGUUCGUGCUAUUGUUUAUCAAACUUUGAAUCGCCCAGCUCAAACUGAAGGCGAUGGAAUCAAACUGAUGGUUGAGGCCGUAGAGAAUAUAAAGCCCAUAUGCGAAGUCGAAAAAGUAGGAGUAGCAGGUACUAUUUAUGAUGUCCCUGGGAUUGUAGCCAGGGAUCGUCAACAAACCUUAGCUAUUCGUUGGAUCCUUGAAGCAGCUUUCAAACGACGUAUAAGCUACAGGAUAAGCUUAGAGAAAUGUUCAUUUGCUGAGAUACUGGAUGCUUACCGAAAGAGGGGAAUUGCACGUAAGAAAAGAGAGAAUCUUCAUAGACUGGCUUCCACCAAUCGAAGUUUCGCGCAUUUCAGAUGGUGGUAAAGUAGAGACCACAUAAUAGAUAAUAGAAUAUUUAUUCCUCAUUCAGUCAGAUUAUGAAGUCAGAUAUGCUUUGACCCAGCCUCCGCCUUCUGAUAUUUGGAGUCUGAAUAUAGAAAGCCAGCCUUCCUCAUACUCCUCCCUUCAUUCAUUAUUCAUUGAGUUGGAGGAUAGGCUUGAUGAAGGAGGCCCGCCCCUUAUGCAUUGCAUGAAAGAACCGAACUUUGUAUGACUUCUCUUUUGCCUCAGGAAAAAAUGAAUACGAAAGGGAGAUCAAUCAAAAAAGAGGCCAUGAAUUCAGAAGUAGUGGGCCUUUCACCCUCUUUCUAGUGACUCGGGGAGCUGAUCUGAGAAAUGCACUUCAAUAAAAAAAAAGAAAAGAAAA